UGCUACUGUCUGAGAGAAGCCGCAGAAAUGCCUUGGCGCAGGAUCCGGAGACGUCAUGGAUUCCUGAGUGUGGGGCUUUGCAGGAAAGCCCUGAGUCUCCGACAUGGAUCGGCUCCAGGUUUCCAUGGCAAAGGCGCACAAACAGGAGGAAACACUGAGGGAAUCCCGUUAUUUUACAGCAUGGGAGCAUUAUAAACACCCAGAGCGGGGAAGGAAGCCGCUCUUGAUACACAAGUAAUCCUUAUAGAGCUCGAGGAAGGGGGACUUCAUACCAGAUCCAUUGCUGGAGCUGCUGCGGACGCGUGCUUUUUUAGAAAGAAAGGGAGUUUGCGCGCAUAGCUGCUGUGUCGCAGCUUGAAGUUUUGUCUCCUUUCGACAUUUUUUUUAACCGAAGAGAGCUUCCUCUGCUAUGGUUAUUAGCGGAAAGUAAUUUUUAUUUUUAUUUUCUUUUUUUCUGCUUUUUUUUUCUCUCUCUCCAGAUGUUUAGAGAGACUUGGAUGCUGGCGCAGUACCACACCAUGAGGUCGAUGGAUCAAGAUGACCCCAACCUUGCACCUCAUAAAGUCCUCAGCCCUGAGUCUGAGCAGGGAUUCCCCCUGGAGGAGGCCUCCCCGUACGGCAUCAAGUCCUGCAGUCCCUCCUACAGCACCGAGGUUCUCUCUGGGUAUGAGAACCAGGAGGCCCGACACUACCUGGACAAUACCCGGCCUGCAGGCCAGGCCCUGAGCCCGCGGAUCGAAAUCACCCCCUCCCGUGAGCACUACAACCAUGGCCGGGACUCCCUGCAGAACCACCACCUGAACAUUAGCCCCAGACCCACCCUCACUGUGCCUGGCCAUGAAAACCUUGCCUACCGUGAGCCUCAGUGCCUGAGUCCCGCCAGCAGCAACUCCUCCACCAGCUGGCACUCGGAGAGUUAUUCCCCCUGGGCGUCUCCUUGUGUUUCCCCAAGCAACGGCCAGAACCCUGGAGACCUGUGCCCUAGAUUACAGAACAUCCACACUGGCUCCCCGCGCACCUCUCCGGGCACCUCUCCUCGCACCAGCCUAGCUGAGGACGGCUGCCUGGGACCCCGCUCGCCCUCUUCCAAACCUGGCUCCCGCUCCACCUCCCCACAGUGCAAACGCACCUACGACAUGUACAGAAAUCCAAGCUUAGUGCUUGGGCACCGCUCCCGCAGUCCCUCCCCGCUCAGCGGCCAUGAAGAUCACAACAUAGGCGCCCACUAUACACACAGCAGCCUUGCCGAUGCCAUGAAUGGUUUCGGCAAUGGUCAGCCAGGCCUGGUGCCCACUAAAAUAGUCAAGACGUCCAACCAGGUUUACACUCUGUAUCCAGAGAACCACGCAGAAGGGAACUACUUGGUGUCCUGUGACCAGGACAUAAAAGCCAAACCUGCGGCAGAGCCUUUCUUUGUUAUCCCCCCAAUCUGGUCCAAGCCGCUUGUUUCCAGCAUCUGCAGCAUCCCUGUGGCUUCUCUUCCCCCACUGGAAUGGCCGAUCCCCAGACGCACAGACCAGUAUGAGCUCCACAUUGACGUGCAGCCCAAGCCACACCACAGAGCUCACUAUGAGACAGAGGGAAGCAGGGGUGCAGUCAAAGCCCCCACAGGAGGACAUCCUGUUGUGCAGUUACAUGGCUACAGAGGCAAGGAGCCACUUGGUCUGCAGAUCUUCAUUGGUACAGCAGAUGAGCGCAUCCUCAAGCCCCACGCCUUUUACCAAGUCCACCGCAUCACCGGUAAGACCGUUACGACCACCAGCUAUGAGAAGGUCAUCCACGGCACCAAAGUCCUGGAGAUCCCCCUGGAGCCAAAGAACAACAUGAAAGCAGUAAUCGACUGUGCUGGGAUCCUGAAGCUCAGGAACGCCGACAUCGAGCUGAGGAAGGGCGAGACCGACGUCGGGCGGAAAAACACGCGCGUUCGUCUUGUGUUCCGUGUGCACAUACCUCAGCCUGGAGGACAGCACGUCUCUCUCCAAGUGGCCUCCCAUCCUAUCGAGUGCUCCCAGCGUUCAGCGCACGAGCUUCCCAUGGUGGAGAAGCAGGACAUGGACAGCUGCUCUGUUCUGGGAGGCCAGCAGAUGAUCCUGACUGGACAGAACUUCAGCUCCGAUUCCAAAGUCAUUUUUCUGGAGAAAACCCAGGAUGGGCAGCAAAUCUGGGAAAUGGAAGCAACAGUGGACAAAGACAAGAGCCAGCCUAGUAUGCUGUUUGUGGAGGUGCCGUCCUACCGAGACUCGUCUGUCUGCCAUUCUGUCAAAGUCAACUUCUACGUCAUUAACGGAAAGAGGAAGCGCAGCCAGCCUCAACAUUUCACCUACACACCGCUGGCAUCUCCAUCCAUCAAGACAGAGCCCCUAGAUGAGUAUGAAGCGGACCACAUGGGUUUUGCCAUGCCUCAGAUCUUGGGCUUAUCCCCUCAUUCCUACUACCAUAACCCGCGCAGCGUCCUCCACCCAGACAACGGCCUGGUCUCUGGCAUGGCCUGCCAGCGUCUCAGCUCCAGCCUUCCCAGCCAAGACGUGCGUUUCCAGCAGCAGAGCCCAGCCAUCGUCUACUCCCGUGGGGGCAAGAGUCUGAGCGGCAGCCCUGGCCUUUAUCAGCAGACUGGAGGGAUGAUGUCUGACCCCCACCGGUCGGUGCUGGUCCACACGGGCUCCCCGGCUCAGUCUGUAGGUCCCAUCGGUGCAGGCCAGCACCCUUCCAUCAUCCAGUUCUCCCCCAUAAACCACCACCUGCUCCGGGGAGAAGAGCCUCAACCUCUCUCUGCUCCGCAGCCUGACAGCCAGCAGAUCAUCUACUGCGAUGGCUACUCCCCACAGGCAGCCGCCGCCCACUCACCCACACCCCCCCAGGCUCAGGCCCAGGCCCAGGCAGUGAACCACCCUGCUCAGCACUAUCCCACCGUGAUCCAGCAGCAGCCAUACGCGCAGAAGACGCAGCAGAAAGGCAGGGCUCCGCCUGGCACGGGGCAGAUGGAGGCUCCAGGAGACGGACAGAGGAGGGUGACGGUCAAGGAGGAGAACUUGGACCAGGCCUACCUAGAUGAUGGUGAGUUGAAUGAGAUCAUAAGAAAGGAUCUGACGGGCGUUCAGGCCAGAGGGCAGACAUAGAGCAGGAAAAUGCCGACAACGCCCCCACCCCCACCCCCACCCACCCCCCUCCACACACACACACACACACACACACACACACACACACACACACACACACACACACAUACACACACACAAACAGAUACACACACAGACAGUCUUCAACCUUCCACUGGUGACGCACAUCCACCAAAAAUUAGACCUUCUCUUCCUCGUUUUCUUUAGCCACAGAAAUAGAAAUAUCAACUCCUGGCUGCUGUGUUUGCUUUGGAUGCUUUCCUGCAAUAAACCGUCUCAUUUGACAAACAGAAGAAUUCAUUUGACCCAUAACGUCUGUCACCAACACCCAUCAGCAGGUUUCCAACCAACCAAUGAGAAACAACAGGUAAAUGUGCCUUAAAUUUUUUUUUUUUUCCUGGUUGAAGUUUGGAUGCAGUUUGUUUUACAGAGGAGUACAAAGAUGAAACAAAAUGAAGCAUUAGCCAUUCUGUCAGGCAAUAAAGCUCACACCUGUUUGCCUCCCACAUGUGCCUAAUACCGGUGAAUGACAGUUACGUAGCAUCAUUUUGAAGUAAACUGGUUGGUCAACAGCUUGUAUUUCCUACCAAAGAUUCAGCUCAAUUACAAUACAUCACAUGUGUCUUGUGGCCAACAGCUUGCCAUCUUUUUGUUUCAUUCUUCUUGCAUAAAUUUUGUACUACACUCUGUGUACUGUGUGUAACUUCAUCUGUUUUACAUGAAAAGAUUGCCCUAAGCUUUCAUGCUGAUCAUCUCAUUUUAAGUGCAGUUUUCUAAUGGAAGUGAAGUGCACCCUGCCUUAACCAUACACAAAUGAACUAUUGUGAUGCCUCCUAAUAUGCACUGUUUUCAAUAACGGGGUCAAUGUUAUUACUUUUUUUUAUAUAUAUAAUAUUUGAGUCAUGUGAAUAAUGUACCGUUUUAUAUUUUUAAAAAAAAUAUUGCAUUAUAUUCAGGUUAUAAUGCCGAAGUGGCUUCACAGGGGCCUGUCAUGCUACAGUUUUAAAAUGCCCCCUAUGCCCAAGUUGAUUUUUUUUUUUUUCUUUCAAUCUUGCAUUGAAAAUGAUUUAAAAAUGUAUCUUAAGUCUGGCUCGUGCAAGCUGAAGUAAGAGAUUUUGUACUCUCAAAUUUUUAAAAUGGUUUUCUUGCUCUCUUUUUUUUAAUCAAAUAUGUUUGUCUAUUUUAUUUGUAUUGCUCUUAAAGAUGAUUGUAAUAACGUCGGGGACUGCUUUCAUAGUCUCCAACCAAAUAUUCCAAAGCUUAUACUGUGCGUAUUGUGAUGUGUAUAGUUGAAUUUAUCCAUAAUGACAAUCAGUAUACUCAGAGCUCCAUGUCUGCCCAUGCAGAAGCUUAAUGCUUGCUGAUGUAAAGAGCAUACAUUUUAUUUCCUGUAAUUGUCAUUGUAAUUUAUACACACUGUAAGCACAGUAGGGAAACACAGUGUGUAUAUGUGCUAAAACAGUUUGCUUUGAUGAAGAAAAAGCUGUAGUUAUUAAAACAAUACUUUCUAAAAAUAUUUCACUGAGUGAAUUGGAGUACAUUAAAAGUGCCAUUUGUAUGAUUGCAAAGAGGAAAACAUGUUGCAAGUGAAGUAAAGUUGUAAAAACACACAAUAGAAGUUAAAAUGUAAGACUGAAUCUUAAAUCUUUUUUUAAUAUUUGAUAUGGACCUAUUUCAUAGAAAUAAUGAUUUUGUAAAUGAGCAGAGCUAAUAUUGAUGUAUUGAUGAUAUUUCUCAUUGAGCCAAUGCAUUUGACAUGUCUUGAAUGUAAUCUACAUAAAAUCAUGUUCCCCUUUUUUGUAAAUAUUAGAUACAAAGUGUUAUUGUCCAUGUGCUACGAUAAAGUUUGAGUAGACUAAAAUGGAAAAAAAUUGUUGUCUGUCAAGUAUCUUUUACAUGUGUUUAUAAUAUACGCAAUGUUAUACUUAUCAUCAUAUCUUGUAUCUGUUUUACUACAAUGUAAAACUUUGUUUUUUUUCUGAAGUGAAUUAUGACACAUUGCCUAAAACCUUUAAGUCUCACUUUUAAUAUGUUAAAUUUUUGUUUAUGCAUUUGUUAUUAUUAUUUUACAAUCCUUAAAGAAAUAAUUGGUAAUGAAAAUGUUAUUAAUGCUUUCUUAUUUUAUUUUCUGUGUGGAUAGUUGUCAUGUAUUUGUUUCAUUUUGAGUCUACUAGACUUUGUGCCUCCCUAAAAAGUAUCUGUCUCGUGCUAUUUUUUGUAUCCUUAAAAGUAAUAAAUAAUAACCAUAUACAUCAUU